UACAUUCAAUAUGAAAUCGUUCUUUGCUCUGUGCCUGCUGCUAGGUCUGGCUUUAAGCCAGGUUGGCGGAAGUUGUCCCGAAAGCUGUCCUGAUACGGAGGAUACUGUUUGGGCUCUAGAUGGUGGAAUCUGCUCUGUUUUUCGCAAUAAAUGCUAUUUUGACAAGGCAAACUGCUCACAAAAGACAGGAGAGCAGCUGACAAUUACUACUAAAGAGGAGUGCCAGCCUCACUGCGCCUCCAUUUGCCCCGCAAUUUAUCAACCCGUUAGUGGAACUUAUAGGGGAAAGACCCGAGAGUUUGGAAAUGCAUGCAAUAAACAAGCCCAUGCUUGUGACACUGGAGAGACAUAUUUGUAAACCAAAGGAUAACUACAAGAACCCCAUCAAUAAUAUUUAAAAGGAAUACAAAUAAAUGGAUUAAAAUAUUAUUAGCAAACACUGAAAUUGUUUUUGGAUUUAAUAUUUACAUUUAUCAUAAUGAAUAAUUAAAAAUAUAUAAAUACAUAAACAGAUACUAGGUAGUUUAUAGGCA